AGUUCCCAUCUCUGUGAUCCGCUUCUGUUGUCUUCUCCUCAUUGGGAAUCAGGUGCACCUCCAGUCCCAAGUCAUGUCCUGCUACACCCAGUGUGUGCCAUGCCGGCUCUGCGGCCCGACCCCUCUGGCCAGCAGCUGCAAUGAGCCCUGUGUCAGGCAGUGCCAGGACUCCACCAUUGUCAUCCAGCCCUCUCCCGUGGUGGUGACCCUGCCCGGACCCAUCCUCAGCUCCUUCCCACAGAACACCGUUGUGGGCUCCUCCACCUCCGCUGCUGUUGGCCGCAUCCUCAGCUCUGAGGGCGUGCCCAUCAUCUCGGGGGGUUUUGACUUGUCUGGCUUGGGCAGCCGCUCCUGUGGCAGAAGGUGCCCGCCCUGCUGAAGCUGUGGACCUGGGUAAAUUCUUCCAUGAGCCUUGAACACGGUGCUGGAUCAAGAAGACAUCUUUAAGCCACUGCUUUCAGAAUUCCUAACCCUACUCAGCUACUCCAGGAAAUACUGAGAGAAAAGGGCAUGCCUGAACGUUUUGAAAACUUGGCUUAUGUCUCUUUCUCUUUUCCUCUACCAACCCAUUUCUCUCAAUUUUCUUCCCUCUUCCUCCCCCCCCCUCCCCCCC